AUGUCAUACGAAGAGGCCUCUUCUUCUCCUUCUUCCUCAAGUGCUCAAAUUACUCCUAAUGGCCCUUUAGCCCCAGAGACAAUAGACCCUUCGUCCAUACUGAUUAAAGUCCUUUCACCCGCGGAGAACUUCCCCACUGAUAUUGCUUUUCGCGUGCUGCCAAAAUCUACGAUUGGAGAGCUCAAAAGUCGUAUAUCAACCACCUUGGAUUCUCGGCCAGCGAAUGACCUACAGCGCUUGAUUUACAGGGGAAAGUUACUGACAGACCAACUUGUCAUUGAGAACAUCCUCGGACUGGGCCCCGGAAAGGAUGGGGGCGCUGGGGAUACACCCCAAGACGCAUACACAUUCCAUUUGGUCAUUCGCCCCUCGAUAAAUAGUCCCACAAGUCCCAGUCCUCCUCCAACUACUUUUCCAAACCCUGCACUCUUCGUAAACCCACGUUCACCGUUGUCGCACUCAUCAUCACCGGCACCACCGGACAGGCGGCUAACAACCACACGUACCACAACUACCCCAACCCCAAAUUCAUCGAUAGUUACUACUACCACCCGUAUAACAACAACUGUGCUUGCGCGCAAUGGCGGACCUUCUAUCACCGGGGAAAAUUACGGUAUGGGAAUUGACGAAUUGCGACAGGCAUUGCAUCAGCGUACUUUAGAUGCACGGCAGCAGCAGCGAGAUUUUGACGCUGCUCGACAAAGGUUGAAUGAGAGCUUGUCACGGGCGAACCAAGUUUUGGGCCAGAGAAUUGUAACGGCAAGGCAGGCAACCGGUUCCGCCUUGGGUGCGUCAGGUCAGAGCACUGGUAUCUCGAUUCCGGGCACAGGUACCUCGGGAUCUGGCUCAAGUACUCCUACCCUAAGAUAUGGGCCAGGUGGUAUCCCGGUUCCCUCUACAGGAGUGCCAACGCCGCUUUCUGGCGAGAAUGGGAACGCAUCUAGAUCUUCGGGAGGACUUACAAGAUCGGCCACGUCUGAGCAAAUGAAUCAUACUUUGGAAGCUGAGGAUGAAACUAGACGGCGCGCACUACUGGAAUUACAAGAAGAAGAAAUCAACCUACUUCCGACGACCGCAAGCUUUGCAACUGGCUCGAAUCUUUUGGAGGAUUUCUACGCUUCACCUCAACCACCGAUUGGAAGGAACUUUCUAGGAGGGAACAAUUUGGUUUACAUGCUCCAAGAUGCCUCGGGAGUUCCUACCGCCUUGCUAGUAGGCCCUCCCGGAAGCGCAGGAUAUCCAGCCCCUCCGCCCCCCUUUCCUGCUUUCAAUAUCAACUGGGGCGCAGGGGGAUUAGCCGAUUUACCUCCAGUAGAUCUCCGGGCCCCUCGCUGGCCUAUACCUGACAAUAUCAAUCACGGUGUCCAUGGAAACAAUGUAUUCCAGAACCCUGCUUUGGGGCAAGGCUUUGGGUUCCAAAAUCACCAUCAAGCUCAUGCUCGGAAUCACGGGAGGAGGCCAAUCACUUUUGCUGAUGUUCUUGCGGGAAUUCGAGCUCGGGCUACUCAUUUCUGGCUCGCUGCUAGGUUAGCUGUAUUUGUCAUCUUAUUUACUGGCAGUGGAGGAUGGAGACGGAUGUUAUACUUGGGAUCUAUCGCUGUCUUAAUCUUCAUUUGGCAAACCGGUAUCUUCAAUGAUUUCCUCCGCCCUUUAAUGGAGGCCAUCAACCCACCUCCCCCCAACCCUAACCUCAACCCUAAUCCAGUUGCGGCUGCAGAUGGCCCUAACCUCGAGCCUAAUCCAACUCAAACUCCAUUAGCGCGCGAUGCCAAUGGAAAUCCCAUUGGACCCGCUCAAACUGCCGGAAUGCUUGUUGCACGGCGCGAAGAUCGUGUCAGAGACAUAAUCCGUGGCGUAGAGAGAGGCAUCACAAUCUUCUUGGCGAGUCUUAUACCCGGACUCCACGAAAGACAUGUUGACGCUGUUGAGGCGAGACAAAGAGAGGCGCAACAGUUAAGGGAUGCGCAGGAGGCUGCCAAUGCUGAGCCCGAAACUGCGGUUGCUGAGGACCAGGCACCUGCCGCGCCAGUAGGAGAAGACGGGCAAGAGGGCCUGGGGGCAGCUCCUCAAGCGGCUGCGGUUGAGGUCCAACCGGAGGUCAUCCGGGGACUGCUAUAA